GAAGCAGCAGGGGCAGGAAGCCACACAGCGUUCAUCCCUCUAGUGGAAAACCUCAUUGAAAGUUGCCUAAUCAGUGCGGUGGGUGUUGCCUUUCAGCCUUACGUGUCAAGCUAGCGGUUGGUCCGGUUAACUCACGGGAGUUGACCAGAGCUGAUGCUCGGUUCCUGAAACGUUACAGGGAGGAGGUGGGGACACCGCUGCAGAGGUUUUCAGUUAGUUAAACCCAACGCACCAGAUGCCAGACAAGUAACUGUCCCUGGAUUGGGUUUACCUUUUUUUUUUUUUCUUUUUUUCCUUUUCUUUCUGCUUCUACUGAUCUCGAGUGGGUUUUUUUUUUUUUGUUCCACCGAUGACUUCUUCUAUCUCGGCAUGGAUUUGGAGUGAGAGAUUUUGGCUUCCCGAAAAUGUUUCAUGGGCGGACCUCGAGCAUCCCCCACCUGGUGUGGAGUAUCCCCGGGUGGGUCACAUACUCUACGCCCUGCCUCUGGCUGUCGGAGUUUUUCUACUGAGGCUGCUCUUUGAAAGGCUAGUGGCCAAGCCCUGUGCCCACAUACUUCAGAUUCAAGCAGGAGUGCCUCGACAAGCUCAGCCCAAUGCUGUCCUGGAGAGGCUGUAUCUCUCCAAAACGUGUCCAGACAUGAGGCAACUGGAGGGACUCUCCAAACAGCUGGACUUGGAUGUACGGAAAAUACAGAGAUGGUUUCGCAUCCGUCGGAACCAAGACAGGCCCAGCGCGCAGAAAAAGUUCUGCGAGAGCAUGUGGCGAUUUACAUUUUACUUGGGGAUUUUUAUCUAUGCCAUUCGCCAUUUGUGGGUGUCACCUUGGAUGUGGGAUACCAGACAGUGUUGGCACAACUAUCCUUUUCAGCCUCUGAGUCCUGGACAGUACAACCACUAUGUAGCUGAGCUGGCUUUUUAUUGGUCUCUGAUGUUUUCCCAGUUCACAGAUAUUAAACGUAAGGAUUUCAUUGUCAUGCUUGUCCACCACCUGGCCACCAUAAUCCUCAUCACCUUCUCCUAUGCCAACAACAUGCUAAGAGCUGGUACCUUGGUCAUGUGUGUGCACGAUGCAUCUGACAUUUUCCUUGAGGCAGCCAAACUGGCCAACUACGCCAAGUACCAGAGGCUAUGUGAUGGCCUGUUUGUGGUGUUCAGCAUAAGCUUUUUCCUCACUCGACUUGUCAUCUAUCCUUUCUGGAUUGUUUACAGUGUUCUGUUUGAGAGCUGGGAGAUCGUCGGACCAUACCAGGCCUGGUGGCUGUUCAAUGGGUUGCUGCUGGUCCUGCAGACUCUUCACAUCAUCUGGUUCUACCUCAUCACUCGUAUUGCCAUCAAAGCUAUAUUCAAGGGCAAGGUGUCAAAAGAUGACCGCAGUGACAUCGAGAGCAGCUCAGACGAAGAGAUUUAUUCCAGUUGCAGUAAAAAUCCCAGUCAGACCCUAAAUGCGAAGACCAGCAGUCCCACUGGUAACCUUAAUGGAGAAACUCAUGACCACUGAGUACCAGUAGGAGGUUGUUGACUUUCGG